CCACUGCAGUCAAAAUAGUGACAUUCAAUUUGCCUUUGCGAAUUGUGUGCGAAAGAAUUUGAGAAAAAAAAAACGUGAUUCAUUUUUGAAGAAUGUUUUAAAAGAUUUUUUUUAGGAAAUGUUUAAAUUUUUUGUUAGAAUUGGAUCAUUAGUUGGUCAUCAAAAUGUGGGAAAUAAAUUUUCUACAAUUACAAAUUAUCCAUUUUUUGUAACUGGCCAUCAUCAUCAUCAUCAUCAGAAUUAUCAUCAGAAUUAUACAUCGAUUGUGAUUUUAAACCAUAAUGGUCCAUAUAAAACUGCCUCAAAUCUAAGGUUUCUAUCUUCGAUACAGCAACAAACUAAAUUGAUACAUUCAGAUGAUGAAUCUACAUCGCCACCGACAUCAACAACUGAAGAUUUACUGCCUAAAUCAUCACCAACAUCUAUCAUUGAAUAUGAUGAACGUCGUUUUAAAGAAUUAUCGAUUGAAUUUUCAAAAUCAUUAAGCAAAAAUCAAUUAACCAAUAUUGAAAAUGUAUGGAAAGAUAUUCCACCAUUAACAAUAUCGAAUGUUUUAAAUGAUUAUUCAAAAUUAGCUAAAAUUAAGCUAACAGGUCUAGUUGUAUUGACAACAUUGGCCGGUUCUUAUAUGGCCAUUGAAUCAACAGUAAAUCCAAUGUUAUUAAUUUCAACUUUGAUCGGUACAGCGUUAACAUCUGGAUCGGCAGCUGCAUGGAAUCAUUUUCUUGAAGUACCAUUCGAUUCACAAAUGCGUCGAACACAAGCACGUCCAUUGGUUAAAGGUUCGCUAACACCAUUACAUGCGGCUACAUUUGCUACAAUUACUGGUGUUGCUGGACUUACGAUAUUAGCCACCUAUGUUAAUCCAUUGACUGCAUUAUUAGGUGGUGUUAAUCUUUGUCUUUAUUCAUUCAUGUAUACACCAUUAAAACGUGUACAUAUUGUUAACACUUGGAUCGGUGCAAUUGUCGGUGCUAUUCCACCAAUCAUGGGAUUUACCGCUGUCAAUAAUUUUAUUGAUUUACCAUCACUUUUAUUAGGUCUGAUAUUAUAUUCAUGGCAAUUUCCACAUUUUAAUGCACUUUCAUGGAAUAUGCGUCAUGAAUAUGCACGUGCCGGUUAUCGUAUGAUGUCCGUUACUAAUCCAAAAUUAUGUCAACAAACAGCAUUUCGACAUUCAAUUCUAUUAUUGGGCUAUACAACGGCAAUGUGUGCCACCGAAAUGACACAUUGGUCAUUUGGUAUCGAUUCAUUACCAUUUUCCUUAUAUCUUAUCUAUCUUUCGUAUAGAUUUCAAAAAGAACCAUCAUCACAAACAUCACGAAAAUUAUUUCUAUAUUCAUUAAUUUAUUUACCUGUUAUUAUGUUAUUGAUGGUUAUAUCGAAAAAUAGAAAAUCAUCUAAAAAGAAAAUCGAAAUAGAUCGGUGAAUGAAUCAAUAAAUUGU